CGUGUAAACUUGGGAAGACUCUGCUAUCGAGGAUUGAUAAGAGUGGACGAUAGAAAGUAUAAAUUAUGACGCACUCAAUAUACUUUGCCAGGGCCUUGCUUUUGGCGGCAUGCUUCAUACAAGAUGUGAGUUUGGGAAUGAYGGAACUUGUUUGGUAAUGGCUUCUCUGUUUCUGGUUUGGACAGAGCUGUGUCAUGCCUCAGUGACAGGCGGAGGAGGAGCCAACGAYACAAUCCUUUCUGGCCAUGAUGAGUGAAUGAAGGCGGUCGAAUGAAAUUUUUCUCACUUUUGUCUCUUCGUCGUGUGCUUCAGGCAUCCUCUUUUUCGCAAGUCUCGAGAGGCAGUAGCAAUGUGGUUCGAAGUAAACCAACAUUCAUGAGCGCAGUCGCUGACGAAAGCGGCACUUCAUCCGCAGAAGAAAGAAUGAAGGCGGCGAUGGCGGCCGAAGAAGAAAUGAACAGCCCAAAAUCUGCGGCAGACACCAGCAAUUUCGAAGGCUUCGACCUCGGAGGACGUCCAUUUCCCCUUUCCAUGAUUGUUGGCCAAGACAACAUCAAACAAUCACUCCUUCUCGCUUCUAUCAACAACCGAAUGGGAGGUGUUGUGAUUUCUGGAGGAAAAGGAACUGCUAAAUCCGUCAUGGCACGUGCGCUUCACCAACUUCUUCCCCCGAUUGAAGUCAUCAAGGGCUCACAAUUCAAUGUUGACCCUGAAGGAGAAUUCGGUAUGGACGAUUACCUCAAGUUGGAUAUCGCCAAUGGYGGUGUUCCCCUUGCCGAACGGGAAACCGAAGUCAUUCCCUGCCCAUUCGUUCAAGUACCUCUGAACGUAAUGGAAGAUCGUUUGCUCGGAAGUGCCGAUUUGGAAGAAAGUGUGAAGACAGGAAAGACAGUCUUCUCUCCUGGUCUUUUGGCCAAGGCUCAUCGUGGUGUUUUGUACGUUGAUGAUAUUAACCUUUUGGAUGAAGAAACCGCCAACAUUUUGUUGAACAUUGUUACCGACGGAUAUGUUUUGAUCGAACGUGAGGGUUUGUCUCUCCGAUACCCUUGCAGACCCCUUCUGAUUGCAACCUUCAACCCCGAAGAAGGUGAACUCCGCGACCAUUUGUUGGACCGAAUUGCCGUUUCUCUUUCCGCCGAUGCCCAGCCACUCGAUAACGAAGAACGUGUUGCUGCUGUCAAGAGUGUUUUGGAAUUUUCUGGAUCCGGUGCCCAAGGAUCAAKCGAAGCCGAAUCUGCUCUUGCCGAAGCCAUCGAAAACGAAGACGAUCUCAAAACUGCUAUCGUAUUUGCCAGAGAGUACAUCAAGGACUUGAAAGUCGCCCCAUCCCAAAUCCAAUACCUCUGUGAAGAAGCCAUCCGCGCCGGAUGCCAGGGACACCGUGCCGAGAUUUUCGCCUGCGAAGUCGCCCGUGCAGCUGCUGCCCUCGAAGGACGUCAAGUCAACAGUGAUGAUUUGCGACUUGCUGUCAAGCUGGCGAUCGCUCCUCGUGGAACAUUCGUCAACACUCCAAUGGACGAGGACGAGAUGAUGGCUCCUCCWCCACCUCCACCACCACCUCCUCAGAUGGACGACCAACAAAACGAAGACCGCGACGAGGACGAGGAAGACGAAGAAGAGGAACAACAGGAUCCCGAAGAUGAGGAAGACCAGGAGCAAGAAGCCCCAGAUGUYCCCGAGGUUCCACAAGAAUUCAUGUUCGAUGCCGAUGCCACACCAAUUGACCCUGAUCUUAUUGCUUUCACGAGUCGGGAACGAAACGGAAAGGGCGGAGGUCGCGGUAUGAUCUUCUCUCAAGAUCGUGGUCGAUACAUCAAGCCUAUGCUUCCUAAAGGAAAGGUCAUCCGACUUGCAGGUAGGUGUUCCACGGAUYAGGCCCACCGUGUCGAGUGCCACGAGUAUUUUUCAGCCUAACAACUUUCUCUAUACUGUUUGUUUUUGUGWUUUUGUAUUUGUAGUCGAUGCCACCCUCCGUGCUUCCGCUCCUUACCAAAAGGCCAGACGCGAACGUGCCGUCGGAACCAAAUACGAGAGCCGAGGAGUUCACAUCGAAUCCGGUGAUGUCCGAAUCAAGAAGAUGGCCCGAAAGGCCGGUUCCUUGAUUAUUUUCAUUGUCGACGCGUCGGGAUCGAUGGCCCUGAACCGAAUGAAUGCAGCAAAGGGUGCUGCUAUCAGUCUCUUGAUGGAAGCCUACCAAAGUCGUGACCAGAUUUGUUUGAUYCCCUUCCAGGGAGAAUGCGCCGAUGUUCUGUUGCCUCCAACGAAGUCGAUCUCCAUGGCUAGAAACCGACUGGAACAAAUGCCGUGCGGAGGUGGAUCUCCCCUGGCCGAUGCGCUCCAAAUGGCCGUUCUGACAGGAUUGAACGCCCAGAGCUCCGGCGAUGUCGGAAAGGUCGUUUGCGUGAUGCUUUCGGACGGACGUGCCAAUGUUCCCCUCUGUGUGUCCAAGGGGGAGGAAUUCGACCCCGAGGCCGACGAGGACUCGAAGGACGGAAAGCCGAGCCGCAAGUAUCUCAAGGACGAGGUCUUGGCCUGUGCCAAGCAACUCGGAGCCACACCCGGCUUCAACCUCUUGUGCAUCGAYACGGAGAACAAAUUYAUCUCCACGGGUCUUGCCAAGGAGAUUGCCAACGCUGCCGGCGGUAAAUACCACCAGAUCUCCAAGGCCGACGGCAACGCUAUUGCCAGUGUCACGAACGCGGCUCUCAACGAACUCAAGCAAUAGAUGCAACAGCAGCAUAAAGAAUACUAAAAAAAGUCUAUUUUU